GCAUCUGACGUCAUUUCCUGUUAUUCUCUUCUCUGAUUCCUCGGUCCUAGGAGGAUUCGCUGGGGACCGCGUUUGGGGCGUGCCCGCUUCCUCCUCUGUCAGGAUGAAAAUAACUACUCCUCUGCCAACUAGAAGAAUUGCUUUGAUGAUCUGGUGCCGUGGUGCCUAUGAUGCUGCUGUGGGAUCUUCAAAGUGCAGGGCAUGAGGAGUCCUUUAAGCCAGGUUUACUUACUCCAGCUGGUGGCCCAUCUCGGCGCUGGAGAGCGAUGCGGCCAAGCCGGUGGAGGCCCCCGACGCGCCCGAGGCGGCCAGCCCCGCCCAUUGGCCCAAGGAGAGCCUGGUUCUGUACCACUGGACCCAGUCCUUCAGCUCUCAGAAGAGUGUCCCCCGUGCGUCCGCCCGCCUUCCCCGCUCUGACCCUGGCGCCUGCAGGUGCGGCUGGUGAUUGCCGAGAAGGGCCUGGCGUGUGAGGAGAGGGACGUGAGCCUGCCGCAGAGUGAGCACAAGGAGCCGUGGUUCAUGCGGCUCAACCUGGGGGAGGAGGUGCCCGUCAUUAUCCACCGGGACAACAUCAUCAGUGACUAUGACCAGAUCAUCGACUACGUGGAGCGGACCUUCACAGGAGAGCACGUGGUGGCCCUGAUGCCUGAGGCGGGCAGCCCACAGCACGCGAGGGUCCUGCAGUACCGGGAGCUACUGGACGCGCUGCCCAUGGACGCCUACACGCACGGCUGCAUCCUACACCCCGAGCUCACCACGGACUCCAUGAUCCCCAAGUACGCCACGGCUGAGAUCCGCAGACAUUUAGCCAAUGCCACCACAGACCUCAUGAAAUUGGACCAUGAAGAGGAGCCCCAGCUCUCUGAGCCCUACCUUUCCAAACAGAAGAAGCUCAUGGCCAAGAUCCUGGAGCACGAUGAUGUGAGCUACUUGAAGAAGAUCCUCGGGGAGCUGGCCAUGGUGCUGGACCAGAUAGAGGCGGAGUUGGAGAAGAGGAAGCUGGAGAAUGAGGGGCAGAAAUGUGAGCUGUGGCUCUGUGGCUGUGCCUUCACCCUUGCCGAUGUCCUCCUGGGAGCCACCCUGCACCGUCUCAAGUUCCUGGGACUGUCCAAGAAAUACUGGGAAGAUGGGAGCCGGCCCAACCUGCAAUCCUUCUUUGAGAGGGUCCAGAGGCGCUUGGCCUUCCGGAAAGUCCUCGGAGACAUCCACACCACCCUGCUGUCGGCCGUCAUCCCCAACGCGUUCCGGCUGGUCAAGCGGAAACCCCCAUCUUUCUUUGGGGCGUCCUUCCUCAUGGGUUCCCUGGGGGGGAUGGGCUACUUUGCCUACUGGUACCUCAAGAAAAAAUACAUCUAGAGCCAGGCCCGGGCUCGGUGCCUGUCGGUGUCUCUGUACUGUGUGAUUCCCAGCAAGCUCUCAGUAACGCACUGUCUCAUGAACACUUGGACAGCCACUCCCCACCCCGUUUGGAGUAAUUCUAUCGUCAAUGUGAAAACAUUCCAUAGUUUAGAAGUAGACGUUGCCAAUGCCGUGAGUUGAGGCCACGGCUCUACUAAAGGAGAGAAAGAGUGAGCGUGAGUGUGAAAGAGAGAGAGAACAGAAAACACGAAUGCCUUUUCUUUUGAUUCAAGGUCUCAAGAUGGAACUGUGGGGACUGGUUAGGAUCUGAGGUGAGUCCCAGGCUGUUUGAUCCACCAGGGCCCAGAUUCUGGGAGGUGCUGGGGGCUCAGAGGGCCUGAUCCCCUCGCCUCCCCUUCCCUCUUGCCCAGGGAACUCUUCCACAGGACAAAGCCAACAUCAACACUUGACUCUUCCAAGUGGUGCCUCCGGCUGGGGCUGGGGCUGGAGACCGCGGACCCUGGGGAGGCUCCUGAAGACCCCAAGGGGCUCCACUCUUCUCCUGCACGUGGACUGAGACAGCACUGGCACAAGCCAAGACAGUGGCACCCAACCACCAGGCCAUGCCUGGGACCGACACCAUGAGCACGCCCUCUCGUCCCCUCCUGAUUUGGCCAAUGUGUUUGCUUUACCAGAAGUCCCUGGAAGAGCACCCACCCAUCACCUCUUCCCGCUGGGGGUUGACUUCCCACCAUGGGAGGUGGACUUGCAGCGAAAGCCAUGUUGACCUUCUCUCAGAAGGUCAGUCCUGGCCUGCGUGCAGGGGUGGGUCUGGAGGUGGAUGGACUCAGGUCCUUCCCUCUGCCUCUGCCAAAGCCACCUCCUUUACUGCCCACCUUCCCCAUCACAUGUGGGGCUUCCCCUGUGCCCCACCGUGCCACAUGGAGCAGGGGAGUGUGGUGUCUCUGCAUCCCUGCUGCCCUCCCUGGUCGUGUCUCACUUUCCUGUGCCUUUUGCAUGUUGGGAGAAGGUCUGGGUGUCACUGCCGCUCAUGCUUAGAAACCACUGAAAGCCCCCAAUAAAGCAUUCAGGAGGA